CUGUCGAUGACUCUGCUUCCCGGCAAUGAGUCAGCAGAAGAAGAACGCGGUCGUCCUCGGUGUGUGCCAGUGCAACUUCUACAUCGUGUCGCUAAAUAUCUGUCUUACAAAGCACCUCCAUGGAUCUCACUGAACAGAUCAACCAGCUGGAGGCUGACCUGCAGGAGCUGGGCUCCCUCCUGGAGAAGGCCGAGAGGACGAGGGUGCAGGAGCUGCUGAAGCAAGAGCAGAAGAAGGUGGAGAAGGAGAUCACUGUCAGGAAGCAACAGAAGCAACAACAAGCCAAGAAAGAGUCGGCGCCUGUGGCCCAGAGAGCAGCGUACACCAUCAAGAUCACCAACUACGCGUGGGACCAGUCUGACAAGUUUGUGAAAAUCUACCUCACUUUAAAAGACGUUCACAAGAUUCCUGCUGAGAACGUGGAGGUCACCUUCACCGAAGGGUCGCUAUCUGUGCUGGUGAAGGAGCUGGAUGGUAAAAACCAUCAGUUGAGGAUUCUCAAUCUGUUGCAUCCCAUUGAUGAGAAGGGCAGCCAGACUAAGGUGAAAACCGACAUGGUUCUCAUCAUGUGUAAGAAGCAGGCGGCGAACAAGUGGGAGUGUCUAACCAAAGUGGAAAAACAGACCAAGGACAAAGACAAACCCAGCAUGGACGACAAAGCUGACCCCAGUGAGGGCCUGAUGAGCAUGCUGAAGAAGCUCUACGACGAUGGAGACGAUGACAUGAAGAGGACCAUCAACAAAGCUUGGUCUGAGUCCCAAGAGAAGAAGUUACGAGGAGGAGAAGACAUGAUGGAUUUCUAAGUCUAAGCAGUUCAGUCCCUGUGUGGAAUCCAGCCAGAGCAACUCUGAUCUCCACCGGUCCACACACUUGUUUAUCAUAUUUAACGUCUCAAGACCUGAAACAAAUGUGUUGUUGAGUCCGCCCUAACAUCAAACACCACCAGGGGGCGCCUGAGUGACUUGUCUUGGUUCAUAUAAAAAGCGAUGAAAAUCAUUCCAGUAUCCGUUUUGUUCACCGAUUAUUGUUCGAAUGUGUCUUACUCGGUCCCAGAUUUUCUGCCGAAACAACCUGUUUGUUUCAUCUGUUGUCGUGGUUCAUCUUUAUUUGUGUCCCUAAGGUUAUGUCUCAAUCCCUGACAUGCUCAUCUGAGAAUGAGCUUGUGUCUUUUAAGUAGCAGCGCAGUCAUUUCCCAGCUGGCAACUAUUGCUCUGUUGAAAUAAUUGUUUUGCACUGUACAUGGCUUUAUUGUUGCCCACAGUGAGGUUCUUUAUGUUGCUCCCAUGAAGUCACUCUCACAAAUGUCAUGUGGCUUUGUGCACUUUCAUGGAUGAACUCUGCAGUCCUCGAGUGCAUGUGUGCACUUCACUGUUCAAGAAUAAAUGGAGAUGGAAUCUAAAUGGCCAACAACGCUGUCCUCUACAUCAGCAGCCAUUGGCUGCAAGGCUGUUUUCAUUAAUGUGUAAUUAUUAAAUAUUAAGAUUUUAAAGGGCAUGAAACAGUGAAAUGAUAAUAAUGCACAUUGAUGCGCUAUUAGAAACAAAGAUGGUGUGUGUUAUUUAAGAGGGAAAACGCCAACAUCAAAUGUAAAGGCAACGCUUCAAUAGUUACUUCGAAAAGUGCAUUAUUUAUUAUAUUUUCUGUAUUAACCGAAAAGUCAAAGGAAGUAAUAUAUUCUUCAGCAAAACCAGUUAAACAAAGGCUUCCGGGGUUGAUAAAAUAAACCUUAGCAUUGUAACACUUUUUUUUUUUAAUUCAUCACUUCGUGUUGACAGACGCUUGAAUCAGAGUUCUGUGUGCGUGAAUGUGUUUAAUAUUUCAACUGAAAAAUGUCGUUGUGAAAAGUCUUGUAAAUUUCCAUGGCGAUUAACAACACUUUUCAUUGAAUGUAAAAGCAUAUUUCUG